UCACAUUGUAGUUGCAGACAUUGUUGAGAGAGAGAGAGAUGACAAGGAAGUCCAUGGUGGCAGUGGGGAGGAGGAGCAAUGGGAGGUGGUGCAGCGGGGGGGUGCAGGUGUCAUUGAGGAGGAGGAGGCCGUUCCAGCUGAUGGUGCUGAGGAGGCUCCGGGAGCUGAAGAAGAUCGUGCCGGCCACCAGCCGCCGCGGUAGCGCGGCGGCCGCCGGCGGCGCCGACGUCGACGCGCUGCUCCGCCGCGCCGCCGAGUACAUCUGCGCGCUGGAGCUCAAGGUGGCCGUCCUGCGCAAGCUCUCCGCCAUCUACGGCGCUUGAUUAGUUAGCCCCCACAUGCAUAUGCAUGCCACGCCGGGGAGAGCUAGCCUCGUCGCCGCCGUCGCGGCCGCCGCCGCCGCAUGCACGCCAGUGUCGCCGCCAUGCACUGUACAUGUAGCCCAUGUAGGAAGGAGAACGAAGGCCGGGAGAGCAGCUAGCAAUCUCCAUUUCUUGCCUUAAUUUUGCUUCGGCCACAUCUCUCUCUGUAUACCACCCCUUCUCUAUCUCUCUCAGCUUAAUUAGCUAAGCUCUCCCAUCUUCUACCACCCCACAACUAGUAGUGUUAAUUAGUAGCAUAUCAUGUGCCUCCUCUACACAAAUAUGUGAUUGGUUAAUUAGGUCACAUAUGGGAGCGAUCACUUUAGGCCUGGCUAGCUAUAUAUAUAGCUAUAGCUGCAGAAUCAAAAGCCAACCGUUUCUUCAUCUGUUGGUAGUACUGCUACAAGGAAAUAUGUUUUGACUGGUGUUUGUUACUAGUUGGCUGUGGGAGAAAUGAAGAAAAUAUGCAUGCAUGAUUCAAGUAUCAAAUUCUCUAGCUGUGUACAAUG